CGGCUGGGGGAGGGGAAUGAUACAGUGAGAGUGUAGCGCUGGCUUGUACCGAGGCAGGUUGUAGCCUGACCCAGCUCGGGACAGACGAUAGGAAGGGUUUCUGCCUUCCUUGGUUGUGAUGUCAUCUGUGUAAGUUACCAUGCCGACUGAAGGAGAACCUACAACGUUUGCCAAACUUCUGCACCUGAUGUUCCUCUCCACCUUCUGGGGAAUGCAGAUAUGGGUCACAUUUAUAUCAGGUCUGAUCAUGGGCAGUAACCUCACGAGACACACAUUCGGCUUCAUUCAGAGCAGACUUUUUCCAUACUACUUUCACCUUGGAUCUUUCUGUGCCUUCUUUAAUUUAACCAUCUUUGCAAUGUAUCAUCCCAGUGAGUUGUUAACUGAAGAGGAGACAUUUCAGAUUAUUGUUCUUUUCAUCUGUGUGACUGUUGCUGGGCUCAAUGCACAAUGGUUUGGUAAGAUAACUUCUGAAAUAAUGGCUGACAUGCAUCUGAUUGAACAGAGCUGUGGACUGGGGAAGGAUAUUGGAUUGUCAACCAACAGAGAGGCUUAUAACAAGCUGAAGGAGAGUAACCCCAAAUACAAGAAGUUUUCACAUCAACUAACCCUGUAUCACAAUACUUCCUCUUUAUGCAACCUGUGUUGCAUCAUCUGUAAUGGGAUAAGUUUGUACUACAUGGCAGCCAAUUUAUCCACAUUAUGAAAGUGUUUUCAGUACAAAUAUUUUAAAGGCUCAGUGUUGAAUGGUGAAAACUUCAUUUACAAAUAAUGGAAGGCUGAAAAGAAAACUAUUUUGUUGUAUUGUCUGACGAACAUAAAUCCAGUAUGAUCGCUCCAAUAAUUAUGCAUUUUUAAAAGUGUUCAUGCUAUUAUUUGCAAUAUUUUAGAACAAAAAUCAGUGGGAAGUAGAAAAUUUUAAAUUAGAGGCAACGCUGUUGAAAUUCAUUAGCGAAGACAAGUCUAGGGUGAUAAACCUGAAACAAAAACUGAAAUAGCAGGAGAACCUCAGCAGGUCUGGCAGUAUCUAUAGAGAGAAAGCAUCAACAUUUUUGGGUCUAGUGACCCUUAAACAUUGAUUCUGCUUUCUCUCCAAUCUUUAAGGGCCACUGGACCCAAAAUAUUGACUCUUUCUCUCCAUCGAUGCUGCCAAACAUGCUAAAUUUCUCCAGCGAUUUCUGGUUUCAAUUCCGAUUUCCAGCAGUACUUUUUUUUUAGGGUGGGAAAUGUUUAAUUCUAUUAUAGUUUGACUUACCGUAGUUUACCCUGUGUUAUAAUGCAUAUGUGUAAAUAAGCUGUCAUACUUUUCCACACCCACAAAUUGAUGGGAUUGAAUAAAUUUUAGGAGCUCUGCAAUGGGAUUUUUGAGUACAGCCAAGGGGAAUUUGCCAGUAUAUAUAUUAAUCUUGUGAAUUAAUUUUUAUAUGCUCUUUGUCAAUGAGAAUCCUGCUAUUAGAUGGACUUGGUUUGUUAGCCUGAAAUUGAUGUAAGUGAAAUUAGAACAGGUUAUAUAUAACCUUUCCAGGAAUUUAGAAAACUAGAAGAGAUUUGUGAUCCAUAUGUCUAGUCCCAAAAUUCAAAACCGUGCCCCACACUAGCCCAACUCUUAAUUCUUUUAUCCAACAAAUUUUAAUGUAGAUCAUACCAAUUUGAUGACAGUACAUAACUCUUUAGGGCAGUCGUGUGUAUGUAUAAUUUUGUAUAAGAUGUAGAUUGAAUGUAUUGUAUCAAAAACACUAAUGAUUUUCCAAUGUUGAUAAAGAAUAUUUUGUCACCCUUUCCAUUAUUGCACUUCUCUAGUUUGUUUUUCAUGUACUUUUGAUGGCUCAUGGUUUUUAUAUUAAUUUUGUUCUUUCUGAAGGUAUCACUGGCAAGGCCAGAAUUAGUUGCCCAUUCUUCAUUGUCCUUGCAUUGAGUGGCUUGCUCUGCCAUUUCAGGGAAUGUAAUGCCUGCAUUUCUCACCAGAGGGCAACUAAAAAUCCUACACAGUACUGUAGGUCUGAAGUCACAUGUAGGUCAGACAAAAUAAGAAUAGCUAAUUUCCUUUGAGUUAACAGUGCUGUAUUAUUGUCAAAUGUUCCUGGGACAUACUCUAAAUUUUACUAUCAACUGUGUUGGAAUUCAAAUUUUUUUUUUAAAGUCUGGGUUAGAGAACUAGCCAAAUGGUGACAUAUAACAGCUGUCGAUCACUGUAAAAACCCAUCUGGUUCAUGUUGCCCUUUUUAGGGAAGGAUAUCAACCAGUUACCUGAUGUGAAGUUAGUUGAACUUUGGUGGGGAAACCUCUACUAUUUCUGUCACAAUCAAUUAUGUCUAAUCCCAUGGAAAAAGAUGGAUUGAUUAGGAAUUGGAUUUCUAAAGGGGAAGUCAUGUUUAACUAAUCUGCUGGAAUGUUUAGAAGACGUUACAGCAAGGCUGAAUGAGUAAUGCUGUUGAUAUGUUGUACGUGGAUGACCAGGUGUUUACAACUGUGUGACACUAUUAAUGUGAAUAUAAAAUUGGUUGAGUGAUAGGAAAUGGGGUAACAGUAAAUGGAUAAUUUCUGAGCUGGCGGAAAAUUUAUCGUGGCUUUUCUCAGAAUAUGAGCAUUUUGCACUUAUAUUCUACCCUUCAAGCUGUCACAUUUUGACUUUG